GCUCAGUCGCGGCGUCUGUCUGUCAGGCAGCAGCAGCAGCAGCAGCAGCUUCGGCAGCGGCCAAGAUGGUGGCGAAGCAGCGGAUCCGGAUGGCCAACGAGAAGCACAGCAAGAACAUCACGCAGCGCGGGAACGUGGCCAAGACCUCGAGAAACGCCCCCGAGGAGAAGGCGUCGGUGGGGCCCUGGCUGCUGGCCUUGUUCAUCUUCGUGGUGUGCGGAUCGGCUAUCUUCCAGAUUAUUCAGAGUAUCAGAAUGGGCAUGUGAAGGAGCUGAUCCUUAAACAAGAUUGUUAUAUUUCUCCUGUGAACUAUGAACUCUCAUUCCUGAUGUUUGACAACUUGGAAUUUAAAUUAGCUGUCGUCUUGCUUCUGAAGAACUUUCCAUGUUGACCAUAUGUCAUUCCAGGUUCCUUCACAAGUCAUUCCAAGUUUUUUAGUCCAUGCCACAGUGCCUUGAAAAAGCACCACAUGUAUAAAGCAAUAAAGAGUUAUUGUUAACUUACAAUCGUGGACCUACUUAUUCUGUGAAUCAAACCCAUGCUUUAUGUUAGUAUAUUAAAGUGUAAGCAGUGUAGAUACUUAGUGACUGCAUUAUAUGUAAACACCGAUCUUUCUUAUGUUUCUUCUGUAUAAAUGGAAGUUGUUUUAUUUAAAAUGGAGGUUAAGCUUAUCAAACAGUGAUUGUAUGACUAGUUCAAAGCACACUCAAGCAACUCGGUCAGUGGAUGUGUGCUGUGGUUUUUGCUUAUCUAAAAAGAACAUCUGUAUGUGGUAGCUUAGUUUGACCUUAGCAUGUGGCAACUUAAUAAAUCUCAAAUUGUUCUGAUAGAAGACUUUACCCUAUGCUUCUUGGAAUAUUGUUUUAAUAAAACAAUGUAGUUAAAACCAAUGGUUUAAUUGACCAUAUACAUAAAUGAACAAACCUCUUCAGUCUUAAAAAGCACCAGAAGUUUUACAAAAUGCUUAAUUGUUGUUAUGCUGUACUUGAGUGUCAAUGUUUCUCAUGUCAUCAUUCCUUUCUUCGGGGUGGUUAAUCUUCUUGGGAGCAACUGAAACUUAAGUGUAAAACAUCACAUGGUGACUUGUUCCACGAUACUAUAAUGUUCUUGAUAGCCCACCAAAAGAGCACUAACAUGCCUGCAUCCUGAAUAGUUCCCCAGUUCAGCUGAAUAAGUUAACCAAUCCAGAGUUUUAUAUUGCUGUGAUUUAAAUCUUUUUUUUUUUUUAAAAAGAAUCCUGCAGCAUUUUAAUUUCAUAGAAAUCAAAACAAUGUAAGAGUAAGUGGGUUAUAUUUUCACAGGCUGGUAGACACAACUGAAGUAUCAAUGUUGUUGCAGAACAUAGUGAGGUAAAUAUGAGGUUGGGCACUCUUCCAGGGAAUGCCUUCACAAACAGGUAAUUGGACCACAAAUAAACUACAUAAAGGGCUACGUGAGGGGAAAGUUAACUAGGUAAAUUACUCUGUAAUUUUGCAGGGUUGCAUUGCUGAUGGGCAGGUGACUGGAAGGCUACAUUUCUUACCAUUAGCUGUCAGCACAUUCUGUAAAUGAGAAAUGCUUGUUUGUAAUCUAAGAACUAUUUCCAAUAAAUUACUUUAAAAUCUGA